AUGUCUUCGUACGACGACGAUGAGGCUCUCUUCGAUGACCUUUAUGAUGAUGAUACUAAUGCGAAUACAGAGUCCAAACAACCUGUAAAUGAAUCAGAGUCCCUGGCUAGUGGAUCUACUAAAACCACUACUACUACUGCUACUGAUUCUAAAGCUGCUGGUGCUGCUGGUGCUGCUGUCGAUACUGCUGGUACUGCUGGUCCUGAAACUUCCUCUACUUCCAAUCCUACUGUCUCGGAAGGGUCAAAUAAUGGUAGCAAUGCUGCCCCAGAAGGUUCGGGGGAAAACACCUUUUCCAAUUCCAAUGCUACUGCUGCUUUCUUACCAGGUACUCCUAAUUCAAUGGGUGCUGGUACUCCACAAUCUGCUUCUGGAGGUUUACCUCCACCAGGUGGUAGCAUGGAUUCUCUGCAAGCUGGUCAAUUCAUGCAAAUGACUCCAGAAAUGCAAUUAUCGUUCCAACAAUUUCAACAAUUCCAACAACAACAGCAAUCAAUGUUUCAAGGAGGAGGUGGUGGUACAGGUGGUGCUGCAUCAUUACCUGGAAUGCCUCCAAUGCCUCAAGAUCCUGGUAACGCUCCACCACCACCUCCAUCAGUUAUGCCUCCAUCAAACAUGGGUAAAGAAUCUGGUAAAAUGUUUAUUGGUGGUCUUAAUUGGGAUACUACGGAACAAGGAUUGGUUGAAUAUUUUUCCAAGUUUGGUGAAGUAUUGGAUCAUACUAUUAUGAGAGAUGCAAGUACUGGUAGAUCAAGAGGGUUUGGAUUUUUAACAUUUAGAGAGCCUGGCUCAGUUGAUAAAGUGAUAGCUGAAACACAUGUUCUUGAUGGGAAAUUGAUUGACCCUAAAAGAGCCAUUGCAAGAGAAGAACAAGACAAAGUCGGUAAGAUCUUUGUAGGUGGUAUUGAUCCAAUGGUUACUGAACAAGAGUUCAAUGAAUUCUUUUCACAAUUUGGAAGCAUCAUUGAUGCCCAAUUAAUGAUAGAUAAAGAUACUGGUAGAUCAAGAGGGUUUGGUUUUAUUACAUAUGAUUCUCCAGCUGCCGUAGAUAGAGUUACCGUUAACAAGUAUUUGAAUUUAAAGGGAAAAGCCAUGGAAGUUAAGAGAGCUGAACCCAGAGGUCAACAUCAACAAAAUCAAAUGCAACAAGCCCAACAAGCCCAACAAGCUCAACUGUAUGCUGCUUAUGGAGCAGCGGCAGCAGCAGGAGGAUAUGGUGGUCAAUAUGGACAAGGCAGUUAUCCACAAGGGAUGGCUGCUUAUGGACAAAACAUGACACCAGAAAUGCAAGCUUAUUGGCAAAGAAUGCAACAAUGGUAUAUGUAUCAACAAGCAGUAGCCGCAGCCGGUGGUCAACCACAAGAUGGCCAACCACAACUGCCACUGCAAACCACUGGGUCCGGAGAAGCUGCACCUUUGAAUCCUCAACAACAAGCAGCCAAGCAAUCGGAAAAUGAACAAAAACAACAACAGCAACCAGAUGGAGGAGAUGCCGAUGUUGAUUCUCGUCGUAGUGGAAAUAGAGAUUUCCAAGAGCCAAGACGGUUGAAUUUGCCAAAGGGUCCCAGAAGAGCUCCACCUUCUGGACCAUCAGGUGGUUCAAGAGGCAGAGGUGGUCAUUACAACAGAAGUAAAGGAUAUCAUCCGUACAGUAGAGGAAGAAGACCUUGA